AUGAUUCGCUCACCAGAUAGCAAAAUUAGCAAGUCAAACCCUGAUUUGUGCACGAGUAUUGAGACGGGUACCAAUGUCACGCAGAGAAAGCGGAAGCAGCCUGACUGUGAGUUUACUCAGGCUAUUGCCGUGUUGUCUGCUGAGUUGAAGAAGAAUAUUGACGAUCUCCGAGCUGAUAUGAAUAACCAGUUCACGAAUAUUAAUGUGAACAUUAACAACCUUCGGGAAGAUUUCAAUACCUUGUCGCUGACUUCGGCACAAAUUCAAAAUAACGUUAAGGAACUGCGUGCGGAAUACGUCGCUAUUAAAAAGGAUAUGUUGCAGCUAGAUACUAAGCACAAUGAAUUAUCACAGACUCUUACUGAGAUGAAGUCUACAGUGAAUUUUAACUCGGAUAACUAUGUGGAUUGUGAAAGGCGCCUGAAAGAUCUGGAACGAAAUAUGAAUAACUCGGCAGCCUCGACUGUUGAACUAUUGGAAAGAAAGAUAGAUUCUUUGGAGCAACAGGCGAGGCAGUGUAAUGUUGAAAUAGGAAAUAUGCCAGAAAGGCGCGGUGAGAAUUUAAUCACUGUGUUGCAGUCCAUUGGUUCAGCGCUCAACAUGUCUUUAACAUCGAAAGAUAUAAUCUCCAUUCACCGUGUUCCUCAUGCACAUGCGCAGAAUAAUCGCCCAAAGAAUGUCAUAGUCAAAUUUAAUUCUAAACUAAUGCGUGAUAACGUUCUCAGUGCAUACCGGUUAUCUAAAGGUCUAACUUCGGAUCGUAUAGGCCUAUCUGGUUCACCAUGUCGCAUCUACAUGAACGAACACCUAACACUGCGCAAUAAGGACUUAUUUCGAAAAUGCCGUGCAGCCGCCAUGUCAAACAAGUUCAAGUUCGUGUGGGUCCGGAAUGCAACUGUCUUGGUCAAGGAAUCUGAAGACUCCUCUACAUUCGCCAUACGUACGGAAGAUGACAUAUCUAAGAAGAUUAAGUCAAACCACGUACUUACAACUGCGGUUACGCAAUAA